GGCGGAGAGCGUGACGACACCAACAUGGCUGCUGGAAACGUCUGCUGGGACUUUUCUCCUGGACUCCUGGACUUCAACAAAGGCCUCAUUGUCUGUGGGUGAUUGUCAAAAUUGGUGUUCUUUGAGAAAAAGACAGUAGAGAACUAUUUCAACCUGAUGAUGUCUCUCCUCAUUUAAUCUUCAUAACAACACCGUGAGAGUUCCUGUAUGUGACUUAAAUCCAUCAUAUGUGAGAAACUGUGAGAGCAGAUGUGGGACAUCUGGCACCUCCCAGCAGGAAACCAACAGUUAUGCAAAGUGACUGCCAACAUAAUCAGGAGCUGCUAUGUGGAGUUUUAAGUACCUCAUGGAAAAAUAACUCUGAAUUGGAAUUCUUCCCAAAAGCCAGCUUCGUUAAUGCUUUGACAAGUGAGUUAUUCAAUUGGGGGAAUUAAAUGACGAAAAUCAUCACAAAGGUGUAGGCAUGGAGCUCAGGAGCCCUCUUCCUGAAACUUCCUCUAAGCAAAUAUAAAAGGAGCUUAGAGCCUGCAUUCCAGGACAUACUCAGGGACCUCAAGAGUGACCCUGGAAACAGAAGGGGAAUUUUUAUAAAUCACAAAGGAAAAUAAAUAACUUCACCCAUGGAGGGAAAGAGACAGCUUGAGAAAAGGGACUUUGGAAAACGGCUGUCUCUAGACAGCAGUCUCGUGGAAUACAUGGACUCCAACAAAUACAUUGAGCAUCUGUUAACUCAACUUCAGGAGCAACAUAGAAGUCUCUGUAGGGAGAAAUUGGCUGUGGCCCGUCUACAGCGAGAAAUUGCCCAAAGAAGUGAGGGGGCCGUGCAUGAGAAGCUGAUACAUGAAUUGGAAGAAGAGAGACACUUACGCCUUCAGAGCGAGAAGCGAUUACAGGAGGUGACACUGGAGUCUGAGCGCAACAGAAUUCAGAUGCGCAGCCUGCAGCAGCAAUUCUCCAGGAUGGAAGAAACAGUAAGAAAUCUAUUGCAGAAUCAAGGACCUCCAGAACAGAAGAAAGAAGAAACUGUUAAUAUAGUGGUCUAUCAGGAAAAACUGUCACAGGAAGAGAGAAAACACAAGGAAGCUUUGGAAGAGCUUCACAUGGUGGUAGAUGAGGAUUCAAGGAGCGAAAGCAGCAGUACAGACGAGGGGAAAGAAAAGACCAAAUUGCUGUUAGAAAGAUUGAAAGCACUAGAGGCAGAGAAUUCAGCAUUGGCUUUGGAAAAUGAAAAUCAAAGGGAACAGUAUGAAAGAUGCCUUGAUGAGGUAGCCAACCAAGUUGUUCAAGCUCUGCUCACUCAAAAGGAUCUAAGGGAAGAAUGUGUGAAGUUAAAAACAAGAGUGUUUGAUUUGGAACAACAGAAUCGAACGCUAAGCAUUCUAUUCCAACAGAGAGUCCGACCAACUUCUGAUCUGCUCCUCCAGAAACUUCACUCCCGAAUCUUAGAUAUUUCAUCCGGAGAUUUGCUUUCAGAAGCGGAAAGAAGUCGAAGUCUCACGCAGCCACAAACUGAUGUUGAGAUGCACGAAUGCCAGCUGAAUGCCAAAUCAGGAGCCCCUGCUUUGAAAUGCCCUGGCUUUGGGGUUGUCAUUCCUGGUCAUCUCUAUCCUCGAAAUAGCUGCAGCAGCAGUGAACUGUCUCUUUCAAGCACCUGCAGCGAGUACUCCAGUGGCUCCUCCUACACGUGGCAUGAUGGGAAGAACCUCAUAAAAAGGCAGUCAUCACAAAACUGGGAUAAAAGGCUAAGUAUUGACUCUUCACUCCCAAGUGGCUUUGCGAGUCCUACAGAUGAACUACCUCCAACUCGUAUCAAGGAAAGUCACAUUUUGGAAGGACUACGAAAGCUACAAAAGCGAAAAGUGUUCCUUGAACCCCCAUCCGUGAUAACCAAAUGGGGUUAUAAAGAUUGCAUGAACUCAAAUGAAGGAAUAUAUUCUCCAGGAAUUAAGAGCAGUAGCCUCAAGGACUAUGUACCCAGCAAACCAACUGAGCUGGGGAGCCCCUACAAGGAGCCACACAAGGCAUUUGUUUAUGACACAGAUUCCCAUGAUGAUGCUGACGAAGACUCUUCCUCCCUAGCUUGGCUUCAAGCAGUAUCCAACCAGGGCUGCAGGCUGCACGCUUGUAAAUUAACCCACAGUGUUUCUGACAGUCUAAUUGGCCUGGAGCUGAAUGGGAAACACUUUUUAGAAGACACCUCCUCAAUUUACCCCAGGGAAAGGCCUGAAAAGCUGACCCGUUGUGUCAGCAACUGUCCCUUGGAGAGGAAAGUGUACCCAAGUAUGCAGACUCCUCAGAGGCAGAGAGAGAGGGGCCCACACAGCCAGGGCUGCAUGGCUGUCAGUCUCCCUCUUUCAGAUACUGAUGACAAUGAAACGCUUGACGAGUUGCACAUAGAGAGCAGUGAUGAGAAAAGCCCUUCAGACUUGUCACUGACUGCUGACACUGACAAGUCCAUGGAGAACCUGGGUGUCCUUGUGGAAUUUGGCAAAUCUCAACUUGGGUCUCCCAAUGAGGAGGAAAAGCAAGCUCCCAUCCACUUAGAGAAUAGGCCAAAGACAUUUGGUUUCAUUAAGCAGCAAAGGGUUGUGAAAAGAACUUCUUCCGAAGAAUGUAUUACUGUAGUGUUUGAUGCGGAAGAUGGUGAACCCAUUGAAUUCAGCUCUCACCAGACUGGUGUUGUUACUCUUACCAGAAAUGAAAUUUCCAUCAAUCAGACCCCUACUGGACCCAAAGCAGAAAACACUGAAUUUUUACCUCAGGGAAUUGCUCACUUGCAGUUAGAAGCUACUGCCAGAGACUACACUUUCUUAAAGAGGUCUGAAGAGGAAACUGAGAAAAACAUUCCAAAAGGUGACUUAGAUAAUGUUGCUGAGGCACCCGUUGAAGCUUUCAGCCCUAGAAAAAUGGCACAAAAUACUCAGCGACAAAAACUGGCCAAACCAACACGCAAUUUGUCUUGCAAGAGUCAUGUUAGGUCUUCAGGACCUGUUGGUAGCUAUCAGAAGCACAGUCUGACAAAAAUACCUGCCAGGGGCAAGUCUUCCCCUCAGAAAUCAAAAAUAAUAGAACCUGAAGCCACCAUGAGAAUUCCUUUAUGUGACCCAGUGUCUCUUGAAAAAUCAACAGCCUUAGCUCCUGAGAAACUCUCACGGUUCAAGAAGACAGAGGGCCCAGCCUCCCUCUUUGAUUUGCAGCCAGAUUCACACAUUCCGAAACACCUCACCCAACUUCCUACCGGCUCCAAAAUGGCUAGCAGAAGAGACUGGGUUCAGUGCCCCAAGAGUCAGAUUCCAACAUCACAGCUGCUGUCAAGGUCCGUCCCUGAGCCUAGUGAUGAUGGAGAAGCCCCUGCAAGGGGUAAAUGUUCUGACUCUGGGCCAGAGCCCCGGGUGAAAUCACCCUCUCCCCCUCCCCCUCCAGGCAGGUCAGUCUCCCUGCUCAUCAGGUCCAGUUACGACUGUGUGUCACCACCUUUUUCUACCAAGCCCGAGACCAGGGUCUCCAGUGAAACAGCAAGGACAGUAUUCAAGUCUUCCCCUCCAAAAGGAUCUUCUGUUCCUGUUAUUUCUUCUAAUCAGACUAUGGCAGAAGUACAGGGGAAGAAACCUUCCAUGGCCUUCAAAAAAUCUGCCUUCCCUCACUCUCUGCCCUCCACAGAAACAGUGAACCAAAUCAAAUGUUCUGCUCAUUCCCCCUCCAGUUCAUUUGCUAUGGUGACCCCAGCACCCCCAAAGGUCUCUCCAAAGAGAAGUGCCCCCAAAACCCCAUCUCACCAAACACUUGGGACCAUGCAGACAGACACAGGGUUACGAACUCCUAAGAAUUAUCCUUCAACCCAUGAGCCACUGGAAGUAGCAUCCUCUAAAAGUGUACCUCCGGGAAGGAAAGGACAGCUGAGUGAUAGUGUCUCCACAUCACCCAAGUCUUCCUUCCAAAGGAUAAGUGAGCCACCAUCAUCUCAGGUUAAUAGCCCCUCGUCAGCACCAUCUCCCAGAAGCCAUGACACCCCACCUGGUUGUCAGAGCACUCAUGAGAAUGGACUGAAAACUCGCCUCCCAGUUGGACUCAAAGUUCUCAUGAAGUCUCCCCAAUUGCUCAGGAAAAGUUCCACGGUACCAGGGAAACAGGAAAAAGACAGUUUAAAUGAGGCCUCUAAGAGUUCUGUGGCUGCGACCAAGUUGAAGGCAGUGGACUCUGGGGACCUACCUCGCCUUGAGACCAAAGGUGCUGAGCGAAAUAGUAUUCCACUGGGUUUGCAAGCACCGGACAAUUUGGCUGAAGGGAUUCCCCUGAACACAGUAAUACCAGAGCCAUUGGAAAGUAGUACCCCUGGGGCUGAUGGAAAAGAUGGGGUGGAAAACAGGUCUGUGAAAAAAUCCCUUUCCUGUAACAAGCCACACCUGAAACCAGCUCUAGGCAUGAAUGGGGCCAAAGCCCGUAGCCAGAGCUUCAGUGCCCACUCAGGAGAUAAGCCCUGCACACCUGCCACGGAAGGGCCAGGCAAAGUUCGAACUCAAAUCAUUACCAACACUGCUGAGAGAGGCAACUCUCUCACCCGGCAGAGCUCCUCCACAGAAGGCUCUCCCAAUAAGACACCAUCUGCCCCCAUGCCUGACAGUCUCCCCAGUGCUGGCAGGGCUUUGGGGCAUUCUUCCUCCAGGCAAGGCUCUCUGGGGAGCACAGGCAGUUCCAGCAGCCAACAUGGGAGCCCAAGAAAGCUGCCUUUGAGGAUUCCUCCAAAGUCUGAAGAGCUCCUCGGCCCCCCUGGGACGGAAGAACACCAGGCCAUCACCCAGGGUGGAUGCCCCAAUGUGGCAGUCCCUGAGGAACCAGGCAGCGACCACUGUAGAUGCCCACUCACUCCAACAGACUGCCCACGAGCCCUGCAAAGCCCAGGGAGGACACAGUGUCCAAGCAAUUUUGAAACAAGCAGGACCUCCAAGGCAGAAACUUCUGGAAGGUGUCCAGAGAUUUCUCCAACUAGGGCUGGUGCUGUGAGCCCAGAAGCCCCCCUCUCACCCACAAUUGAAGAAAAGGUCAUGUUGUGCAUUCAGGAAAAUGUGGAGAAGGGCCAAGUGCAAACAAAGUCCAGCUCUAUGGAAGCAAAGCCAAAGCCGGGGCCUUCUUUUGCCAGCUGGUUUGGUUUUCGAAGGAGUAGACUUCCAGCUCUCAGUAGCAGGAAAAUGGAUGUCUCCAAAACCAAAGUGGACAAAAAAGAUACAAAAGGCUUGGGGUUUGGAAACAAACAACUAAAAUCAGAGAGGAAAAAAGAGAAAAAGAAGCCGGAGCUCCUGUGUGAGACAGACAGCGAGCUUCACGGGGACAUGGAGUUGGCAGACGGUCCAGACAGUGGCUUACAGAGCAGAAGUGAUAUGAGAGCACCACAAGACAUUUACAACCAGAUGAAGUUUGAACCAAGAAAUAGACUCAGUCCUGUUACACGUUCAACAAAAGAUACCUUUAUGACCGAACUUUUGAACAGAGUUGAUAAGAAAGCAGCUCAACAGACAGAAAGUGGAUCAAAUAAUGUUUCCUGCAGGAGCAUGUUAAAGGGCAGCUCCCAGGGCUCCUGUCUCACCAGCAGCUCUGUCAGCACUCAAGGAAACCACAAGAAAAGCAUCAAAACCAAAGCUGAUAUGGAAAUCCCGAAAGCCUCCCUGAUAAAAGACACACAUGAAAACCUGCAAGAGGAUGAAGACACAAUUGCAGAUUCCUCAUUUCAGAGCCACAUGAUAGAAUCAAACUGCCAGAUGAGGACCCUGGACAGUGGGAUCGGAACCUUCCCACUCCCAGACUCUGGAAACCGCUCAGCAGGACGCUACCUGUGCCAGCCAGACUCCCCGGAGGACCCUGAACCCAUUUCAUCUCUCCAGCCAGUCCUUUGUACAGUCUCCUCCAUCCGAGCCCAUACCCUUCAACGAGAAGUGCCUUCCUCUGCAGACAGCCCGGGCUCUGCAGAUCACACCAUUGUUCACUCCGCAUCCGACCCCGUCAUGAUGGCCCGCGGGAUGCGGCCUCUUCAAAGUCGCCUCCCUAAACUAGCCUCCUCAGGAAAAGUCACUUCCCCAAAGCAGAAUGGAGCAGAGCCAAGGCCUCAGACUUGCUCAUCAUUUGAAUAUGCUGAUAGCACAAUGGCCAAGAAGCCCCUUCCAGGCUGGGAGGAUGAAGACACCUCUGCUGGGAGCCAGAAAUUGAAACAAGUUGAAGAAACAAAAGAAGAUCCUGAGAAUAGAUUAUCUAAAAUUUCCCUGGAGUCAUUCAAUAAAUAUAACAGCAAUACAGUGAUUUUAUUAGAAAAAGAGAAGAACUCUUUGAACAAGGUUGAAGGACAAAAGGAAGAAAAAGAGAAAAAUGAAGAGGCAUCUUUGAGUAGCUCAGAUAGGCAUGGGGUGGACAAUUUGGAAUCUUUGAGUGACUCUUUAUAUGAUAGCUUCUCUUCCUGUGCAAGUCAGGGUUCAAAUGAUGUAUAAAGUACUUUUUUUUUCCCUUAGUGAGCUGAAAUGCAGCACUUAGGAAACAGGGGUAGGGAGAGGGGAGGUGCAGAUGACAGCUGUGAUCUAUUGCAACACCAGAGAGCCUACCCUGUCAGAUUCACAGCAAGCAGCUCUGGAACUUGCUUCUCUGACAGGGCAAUAAAGAAAGCCUCCCAUUUGUUGUGUUUCAUGAGGAUUAAAAGUAAACAGGCCCACGAUACAGAAGUCUUAAUUUUGCACUUUUUUUUUUGAAUACUUGUACAGAAGUUGUAAAUUUUUUGGACAGGAAAUUAUAUUUGUAGCAAAAAAAAAAAAAAAGACAGCAAUAAAUUGAAUCAGUGCCAUGCUCUUGAAAUGAUGUACUAAGUCUUAGAAGUUGAUAAUAUAUAUAUUUUUUAAUUCCAACUAAAGUUUUUGUUUAGUUCAUAGUUCUAGUUCUCAAAUUGUUUGUUUGUGGGUCCACUCUGGAAACUUAAAACAGGACCUGCCCAUAAACCAGAGGGCUCAUUGUAAUCUCCAUCUCACAAUCUCAGUUUGAUGUAAAUUUUCAUUCUACUGCAAUUUCAGAUUUGUUGCCAGAGAUUUGGGUUCUGCGAUAAGUGUAAUUCUCCUUCUACUGGAGUGUAAUACUGAUGGAAGGGAUCAGAAGUGACCUAAUUCUAUUUUCAAUAGCUGGGUUCUCCCCAAAUAUGCUCUUAUAUCCUCUUUUACUUAGUGCUUCUCUAUAAUUCUCAACAGUAUUUGUUGAUUCUUAUCUUCCUGCUCUUGUUAUUAAAAUCUGAGCAAUCUAGAAAUGAAAGCAAAUUUCUAUUUGCAAUGUUCACUUUUUAAAAAAUAAAAUGGUUGGUGCUAUGAAAAAUUCUUUUUAAUAUCGUUUUUGCCUAUAAAAUGUUUAUAUGUAAGGAUAAAUUCUAUUUUAAAGGUAAUGUGUAUUUUUUCUAGACGUGAACUAUUUAUAAUUGCUUUUGUACAGGAGCUUGUAAACUAGGCAUAAUAGAAAUAUUUUUAGGAUCUCUAUGGUUACUUUAGUACACAUUUGUUUCUUUAAAGAGUAUUGUAUGACCAGUGUUAUUUGGUUGAUUCGUGCAAUUUGUUAUAAUUGAAUUUUGUUAUCUUAAGUGAAAAUAAUGUAAAGUAUCACUGUCUUUCAGACUUUUAAAAAUUCUUUUGUGUCAUUUCUGAAUAAAUGUCAUAUCACAA